AUGAUCAACAAAGCUGAUCUAGAAAUGAUGUUGAAGAAUAGCCGAGAACGGGAUAUAAGAAUGAAGAAACGAAAAGCGGAUAUUGUUCGAAAAGAAAUGAAAAUGAUGGAUAAACAGGCUGAGGAAGAUGCUAGGAAACAACACAAGAAGAAAAAGAAGAUUGCAGAAACAGAAAUGCAAAAACAGACUGUGGAGAAUGCGGAUGUCCACUUUGACUGCUCAGCGAUGGAAAUCCUGGAAAAUGUGGAGCUGGAUAAGAUGAAACGAGAACAGAACUCUACCGUCAAGGACUUGGAGAAGAUACAUUUGAGAGUAAAAGCUAUGAUGUCUGAAGCAGCCAUCACUAACAGGCCUCCAGGGUUUUCAACCAAGGAAAGAAGAGAGAGGAUUCUUUAUCAGCAAUCUAUCAUGGAUUUAAUGCAUGAAUACACGCAGAUAUGCGUCAGGAGAAAUUCGUUGAUGGACGAAGUCGGUUUUUGGAUGGUUGAAACAAACGAAGCUUUGGAAAAGGACAUGAAAGCGGAAGCGGAAUUGUUGCACCAAGAACAAAAUGAAAGGGAAAUCCAUAGAGCUAUGAGGAGUGCUAUUUUGACUGCUGAAAACUCAGCAAAGAAAAUCAAACGACUCGGUAAGGUGAUCUUCCAGGAAGUGCAAGACGAAGGUGAAAGUUUAAAAGUUCUAGCGUCAAAACAGAAUACAGAAUAUGCCAGACCAGCAAUGGAAAAUAAUGGAGGUGCCGCAGAAGAUACAUCUAUACUUGGAGAUGCAGAGAACUGGAAAUCUGCGUCACAAGAAGUCAAACAGGCUUUAAACGAGGCCAUCAAAACAGCUAAAAACACUAAAAUCAAGAACACUGCAAAGCAAGGUCUAAAGCAGUUCAACUUCAUCUGUGUUGCCAUUGACAAAAGAAAUCGUGAAGUUGCACAGUUUGGUCAGGAAAUUCUGGACUACCAAUUAAAGAUCAAUCAAAUGACAAAGGCUAACGAACGACUUACACAUGAACGAGAUCGGCUCAAGAUGAGUUGCGAUGAUGGAAAUAUGAGGAUGGAUAUUUUGAAAGUUAAACUGGAAGAGACAGAGAAAAAGAACAAAGAACUGCAAGCAUACAUUGCUGCUUUUGAAGAUGGUAGUUUAUUUAAAAGAGCCAGUGCGGUUUCCAUUUCGCCAACACCGGAACCACCAGAAAUAGACCUGACUCAAGAUGAGCUUACUAGAUUGAGGAAUGAGAACGAGGCUUUGAAAAAUACCACUCAUGAUUUGAAGAAAGAAAGCAAACAAAUUAAGGAUCGAUUAUCUAAGCUGAGUAUGCAGAUUUCAAAGCUACAAAACACACUCAUCAUGGAGCAAGAAAAAUACAAACAGUUAGAAAAACAAAUGGAAUUACAAAAGAAGACUAUUUCACAGCGGAAAAAUGAGUCUUCAGUGGAGAUGAAAGACCAGCUCAAGAAAGAAAAGGAGUUACAGGAUAAGGUUAAAGGUUUUGAAAAGGAUGUAGCUCUUCUAAGGACUGAAGUCAAUGGAAAAAAUGAAAUCAUUGAAUUUCAGGAAAAACGACUGAAAGAAGUUAUGGCUGAGCACAACCAGAUGCAGACAUCUAAUAUCCGGGGCCGGAGAAGUACAGGAAAAAGUCAAGGUCAGGUUCAAGUAAACAUGGAGUCUGAUGACCCUUCUGUGAAGCAGAUGUUCAACCGAAUGAAAGCUGAUUAUGAAGCAGAACUGCACAGGUUACAGGAACACGUGUUGAAAGAAACCCAAAGGUGUCAAGCCAAACUUCGUAAACAGGAACAAGAAUUGAAUGUAAGAAUACAAGGAAUCCACAAAGAAUGUUUACAUUUAUUCCGAGCAGUUAACAGAUUUAAAGAAUCUCUCGCUGGUAUCUUUGACCGAGAAGGACUUCUCGAUUUGUCUCAUGAACUUAAGACCAACGUUAAAGAUUUACCUAUGGAUGAAUUACAGCUACCACAAGACACCAAGUCAAUGAUGAGCACUGUAUCCGGUUUAGCUAUUGAAUUAAUGGUUGCUCUGGAAUUUAAAGUUUCUCAGGCAAUGAUAAAUAAGAGAAUUGAGUUGAAAGAGGGCCAGCUGGCGAAGAGGGGUAGUCAUAUCGAUGUGGAUGAUGACCAUCCAACUCAAGACAGUCGAGUGCUGAGAGCCAGGCAACAGAUUGAACAACUCACGGAGAAACUUAACAAGUCUAAAGAAGAAGUUGGUGCGUUUGAAAUCCUACUUGCUGAGACGAAGCGAAUUAGUGAGGAGAAGUACCAGUCUCUGUUAGAACGCUAUAAGAAUAUGAUCAUUAGUAGUAAUACGACUCAGCGAGAACUGGCCGUUGUUCGUAAAGAAAUGACUGAUGAAAUAAAGAACAGAGACGUGCAACUCCAGCAUCUGAGAGUCGCCAUGGCUCAGUUAGGACACACCCAUGACCAAGCACUCAAGAAACUUAAACAGAAUUCCAGACACGCUAAAAGCAAAAUAAUGAUGGCCAAUCGCGGUAUGCAAGACCAGCGAAUUGACGUCGAGAACAUCAAAUUGAGUCUUCAAGAUCAGAAGAAGAAUCUCGAUAUUUUGGGAGACGCCCUCAAGAAUAACAAGAUAUCUGAAGAUCUUCAUAUAAUAACAAUGCAGGUGAUUAAGCGUUCCAUGGAUAUACCAAUCGUUUGUCUUCGCAAUCUAUUUGAAAGAUACAUACAACACAAGAAGUUCAAAGAUAAUCAUGAUAUACUCAAAAAGCAGCUGAACAAGACAACUGGUGCUGAACACUGGGAACUCAGACAGUUUAUUGAAAAUAUGGAAAAGAAAAUGCAAACGGUUAAUCAGCGUUGGCUUGAGAGAACAGAUCAACUCAAACAAGAGCGAACCAAACUGUACGAGCAGAUGCAAGCUAUUUUUGAGACAGUUCACGAAGAGAGUGGUAUUCUGCUGGUCAAACCAGUCUUAGUGUACUCCACCAAUAAGAAGAACAUGAUUGUGCCAGGUAGUAGCAAGAAACGGUCCGUUGCUAUGCAGGUCUACCUCAAAGGGGUGCGCGCUGACACAGUGUCUCCUUCUGCUCUUUUUGGAACUCAAGUAAAUUUGAUUGGAGAUAGAGGGCCUUAUUGGAAGAUUCCAUCUUCAGACACUGAGGAAAGUCCAGCUGCCAUGGUAACCACACCCAAAAUGCUUGAAUUGGAUGUCAACAGAGAUAGAAGGAAAGCCAAAAAGACACUAGGCGUUCCACAGUCUAUGGGUGACAACAAAGGUCAAUGUCGUCUGCCACCAUUAGCCACGUUUCUGGUUACAGAAUCACCUUUUGAACACGUUCCACAUCGUGAAGAGGAAUGGGACAAGUGGUAUUGA